CAAGCCCCGCCUUUUCGUCCUACUGCCCGUGCUUCCCGCAGCCAACAUGGCGGCUCUCCGUGUGUCCUGCGGCGUAGCUGCUUCGUACCGGCUCUCUCUCGGGGGUAGGGUUAGCUUUGCUCGGGAACAGGGCCUCUGGAAAGCCGCGGCUGCUAAGCUGCAGAGAAGUCCCGGGUGCCAGAUAUUAAGGUUAAGACACACCACAGUUGUAACGACAAGGAAAAAUGUUACAGCCUUAAGACGUGAAACUUACACAGUGGAUUUUAUUAAAAAGCAGAUUGAAGAAUUCAACAUAGGAAAGAGACACUUAGCCAACAUGAUGGGAGAAGAUCCAGAAACUUUUACCCAAGAGGAUAUUGAUAGAGCGAUUGCUUACCUUUUUCCCAGUGGUUUGUUUGAGAAGCGAGCCCGGCCAGUAAUGAAGCAUCCUGAAGAGAUUUUUCCAAAACAAAGAGCAAUCCAGUGGGGAGAAGAUGGCCGCCCAUUUCAUUUUCUCUUUUAUACUGGCAAACAGUCAUAUUAUUCAUUAAUGCAUGGAGCAUACGGAAAGCUACUAGAUGUAGAAAACCGUCAAGACCAGCUGCGAGCCAAAGGUCUGUUUUCAGAAAAAACUAAAGCCAAAGACCCGAUUGGCAGCAGAUGGCUGAUUAAGGAGGAACUGGAAGAAAUGUUAGUGGAAAAACUGUCAGAUCAAGAUUACGCACAGUUCAUUCGGCUGCUGGAAAGGUUAUCGGCGUUGCCGUGUGACGAGGCUGAAGAAGAAUUUGUGGGCAGGUUCCGCAGGAGUGUAACCAUUCAAUCGAAAAAACAGCUGAUUGAGCCUGUGCAGUAUGACGAGAAGGGUAUGGCCUUCAGCACAGGCCGAGGUAACAGAAAGACUGCAAAGGCAGAAGUGGCCGUUUAUGACCAUGGAAGUGGGAAGAUAGAAGUAAAUGGGGUCGACUACCUGCUCUACUUUCCGGUGACUCAGGACAGAGAACAGCUGAUGUUCCCUUUCCACUUCCUCGACCGGCUGGGACAGCACGACGUGACCUGCACGGUGUCGGGGGGCGGGCGGGCGGCGCAGGCGGGGGCCGUCCGCUUGGCGACGGCGAGAGCCUUGUGCAGCUUUGUCACCGAGGACGAGGUCGAGUGGAUGCGCCAAGGUGCGAGUUCAGCGGGACUGCUUACUGCCGAUCGCCGUGUCGGAGAGCGGAAGAAGCCAGGCCAGGAGGGGGCCCGCGGGAAGUUCACCUGGAAGAAGCGCUGAGCGUUCCGGGCGGGAAAGGAGAGGGUCGCUGUGCACCCGGCACGUGGCAGACGCGCAGGAGACGGCUGCUGGCUGGGGUGAAGCAGCACCGUCGGGCGUUUGAGUUGUGACAUGAUUUACUCUAAAAUGCAGUGCUGUAAAGGUUACCUUCUAAAAAUAAUUAUUUAAAACUGUUCAGCUUUGUUCUGCUGCUUUACUUUUAAAACUUUUUCAGAAGAGAGCUUUAGAAGCAUAACUCAGAAUCUUGGCAUAUUCGACCUGAAAGGAGCAUUCAGCAAAAUCCAAUCAAGAGACCGCCUUUUGCGGACGGAAAGGCCCAGCCCCACAGAUCUGCCCCACCAGAGCCGCACUGCUAACCUAAUGUCAGGACGGACUUGGACUCACUCCCCCUAACUCGGUCGUUUUCCCGGAGAGCAGUUGUUACGGCAUAUCUUUCAAGACUGACGGACGAGAGGCUUGUUGAGAAGAGUGAAGCCCGUGGAGCGUCUUUGUCCGGAGGCCAGCCGAGUCUCUGCGGAAGACAACAGGCCAGUCCCCCCCAGCCCCCGGCAGCCACGAUUCCACUCUCUGCUUCUGAGUGUGACUCUUUUUUUUUUUAAAGAUUCUACGUAUAAGUGAUACCACGCCCGAGUUUGCCUUUCUCUUUCUGUAUUAUUUCACUUAGCAUAGUACCUUCCAAGUUGGGUACAGACUUGCAGUUACAGUAUGAAUUAGUUCUGAGGAUCUGGCUUUAGCGUGUCUGUGAAACCUUGAAAUACAUCCAGAGCUCUAUACAUGCGUCACUUUUUCUGGGCUACGUAGUUCCAUUGCUCUCACAAGAUGCCCAGAGGGGUCCCUCCCUAUGAUACUGAGAACCACGGGCAUGAGGAGGGUUUGGGGGGUUUUUCAAGGACAGUAAGUCCGCCCUUUGUGUGCAGCCCUAGAUCCAGCAGGUGAAGCAGACACCAUGGUGAGAUCUCGGGCCUGACCUGGUGGGAGCAGGGGUCAAGGGUAUUGGUCAUAAUCUUUAUCUGGCUGGGAGGAGGGUACAUGAGUGUCCGCUUUACUAUACCUUUCAAAUGUGAUACGUGUGAUUUUUAUUAUGAACCGUUUUAUGAUAAAAGUGAAUGAAAAACCACCGUGAGUCGGGACGUAGGAGCUCGAGAACAGUCUCCGGGGCUUAUGUGUGACCUCGGGCAGCUGACCUCCUUACAGCUGGGUGGUCGCGCGUGAGGAGGGGAGGACACCCUGCCCUGCCCCAGGGUUAGAGGAUUCAGUAAAAUCCACAGGAGCCGCGGAGCCCAGAGCAGGUCCUCUAUCAGUGUUGGUUGUGAUUUUCCUCAAGAAACCCCUCCUUAACCUCUGUCGUUUGGUUAAACCCAAGUGCACAGGAUCUCAGUUGGACAAGGGAAGGAGUGGGGGUCAUGGUGUAAACAGGCAGUUAACUUGAAAAUGAAUGACAGUUCACCGCCUCGACUCCUCAGAAAAAACAGAAACACGAUGCUGUGUGUGGGGUAGCUGAGCGCUGUACACCGAGUGUUUCCAUGUGUCUGCUAAGUCGUCCAGGCUGCACUCGAUCCAGCAGCCCCACAGACACAGGUGCUCGGCCCUCACACACCACGGGAGGUGGCCGCCGGCCAGGAGCUCUCAGUGUUCAUAAGGGAGGGCCAGCACCUUGUGUGUGCACGAGCGUUGAUGUCAGGCGCCUCUACCAGGAAGCCUGUGACCCAUUCCCCCAAAUUAGCAGUCCAGGAGCCCUAAACAUCACCGUCGUCGUCGUCGCACGGAAAUACUGCCACCUUCUUUGGGGACCAACUUUGUGGGCUACAGAAAAUUUUCUUCUUAUUGUAAGCCUUUGGUUAAGACACAGUAAACUCAUUACUGAAAAUUGAAAGUAAUCUUUGAGCACU